CCACUCCUACUCUUAGCCUAAUUACUUUUGUCUCUGCUUUCUUCUCUUUUUCACGCGUUUCCUGAUCUUUUGGUGCUUAGGAGAGCUCUUACCUUAUUAUGGCAUACUUGCAUCCCUCACUUCGUAAUCAUAAUAUCCAUAUAAGGUGGAUGAGGUAUACUCCUGGGGACAUUCCGCCUUCUAAUGCUGUACUCGGAGGAAGGACAGAAAAAGGUGUCAAUUUAUACAUUGGACGGGAUUUAAUGCAAGCUACAGUUUCCUCUAUUCCAGCGACUGAAACAGAUUCCGAAUACGCAGUGUUCUCUAAGCAAUUAUCAUCUGUUGAGAUUCUUGUAUGUGACGAUCCCUCUGUUUUGUUUUGGGCUGAUAAGGAUGAUGGCAGAAUACAAAAAUAUGGUAUCAGCUCAUUGCAGCGAGAGAUUGUAUAUGAGACUUCUGAAUAUAGACAAGACCUCAUGUACCUCAUAGGCCGAACUGUACCAAACCAGGAAACACUUUUCCACUGGUCAAGGCUUAAAGCUACACUGCCAUGUGACGUAUGCCUACUAGGCAACGUUGAUUUCUCGUCAUCACAGCUCAGCGUUCAAAGCAAAAUUGAAACCUACUACAGUAGUAUGACUGGUAGUUAUCAAGUUUUGUGUGCGUACAGAGUACCUACUCCAGUUUAUAGCUUUACAAGCCAAUGGAAAUGGGAACCAGCUUCAAAUGGCUCAUUACCACCAGGUGCUGUAGCAGGAGGAAGAGAUGAAUCCGGUGAAGUCAUUUACAUUGCUAGAGCAUUUCAUGAGGAUGAAAUACCAGCUGGGUAUGUCUCACCAUCACAGAAAUGCUGUAUUUAUCCAUGGGGUUCUACGACUCACGAAACAUCGAAUUACGAAGUUCUUGUUAUCGAAGACCAGAAUAGCUUAAUAUGGGAAAGAGCAUCUGAUGGUGACUUGCCUGUUGGAGCUGUUACUAGUAAUGAAGAAGGUGAAGAGGAAUCUGGUGUAGGUCGUACAUUAACUGAUUCUGAUCUCAGUGUGGGUAUUACCUUUGAUGGAAUCAGGAUCAACAUACCACAGAGAGCUUGUAGAGAUAUGCAAUUGUUAGGAAAGAUACCAGUCUCUCAUUGCUGCCUGUAUAUUCCAUAUAAGAAUAAAGAGUUCAUUUAUCGUGAGUAUGAGGCAUUGAGGUCAUUAUUCUCUGCCAAUUCAUUGCAGCGAUUGUGCAGCUAUGUUAUACUGGAAUCAGUUCAUGCUGUACCUGAUCGUAUUAAUAGUCUUCCACUUCCUAAGAAAAUCAAAGAUGACCUACUUGCUUUAAUAUAUUCAAACUGCAUGCAAGACAAGAGAUCUUCCUUCUGGGGGGCCGGCCCAGCCCUGCCCGUGUCCUGGCCCGGAGUGGCCCGUUGCCCCUGGCCUCAGUGGCCUGCUCUGUUCUACCUGAUUCUGAUCAUGGCUAUGAUGGCAUCACCAGCAGUCCUUCGGCCCUUAAAAACUAAACUUAAUAGUCAUGUAAGAUGGGAAAAGUAUAAACAUACUCCCAGAGCCAUUCCUUCUAAUGCUGUAGUCGGAGGAAGGACUGAAAAAGGUGUUGAUAUAUACAUUGGUCGGGAUUUAUGGAAAGGGGAAGUGUGUUCCAUUCCAGCAACUGAAACCUAUUCCCGGUACGCAUUGUUCACUGGUGAUUCAGCGUCUGUUGAGAUUCUUGUAUGUGACGAUCACUCUAUUUUAUUUUGGGCUGAUAAAGGUGACGACAGAAUACGAAAGUUUGGAAUCAGCACAAUGGGGGAGGUUCAUGAUGAGCCUUUUGUCUGUAGACAAGGCUACCUCAUAGGUCGAACUGUACCAAAUAAAAAAACACUUUUCAACUGGCCGAAGCGUAAAUUACCACGUGACGUAUGCCUACUAGGCCAUGUUGAAUUCUCAUCACAGGCUUCACAGCUCAGUGUUCAAAACAGACUUGACAAGUACUACAGUAGUACGACAGAUAAUUAUCAAGUUUUGUGUGCGUACAGAGUACCUACUCCAGUGUAUAGCUUUACAAAGACAUGGAAAUGGGUACCAGCGUCAAAUGGGUAUUUACCACCGGGUGCUGUAGCAGGAGGAAAAGAUGAAUCCGGUGAAAUCAUUUACAUUGCUAGAGCAUUUCAUGAGUAUGAAGUACCAGCUGGGUAUGUCUCACCAUCACAGAAAUGCUGUAUUUAUCCAUGGGGUUGCACAACUCACCGAUCGUCAAAUUACGAAGUUCUUGUUGUUGAGGACCAGAGUUGCUUAAGAUGGGAGAGAGCAUCUGAUGGUGACUUACCAGUUGGAGCUGUUAAUAACGCAGAUGAAGAACAGAAAUCUGGUAUUGGUCGUACAUUAACUGAUUCUGAUCUCAGUGUGGGCAUUACCUUUGAUGGAAUUAGGAUCAACAUACCACAGAGAGCUUCUAAAGAUAUGCAAUUGUUAGGAAAGAUAGCAAUCCAUCAUCGCUGCCUGUACAUUCCGUAUAAGAAUAAAGAGUUCAUUUAUCGUGAGUAUGAGGCAUUGAAGUCCUUAUUCUGUGCCAAUUCAUUGCAACAAUUGUGCAGCUAUGUUAUACUGGAAUCAGUUCAUGCUGUACCUGAUCGUAUUAAUAGUCUUCCACUUCCUAAGAAAAUCAAAGAUGACAUACUUGCUUUAAUAUAACAAUUAACUGUCAAUUUUUUUAAUUCAAUGCAUAUCACGUUAAAUUCAAAUUGUCACUUUAAUGCAUUCAA